GGAGCCGUGUGCUUUUCUUUGGUGGCCAUGUUGAAUGAGAACGACGUGCCCCGCUUCAGAGCUUUCCUGACUACUACACUGGUUGUUAUCAUAUUUACAGUAUUUAUACAGGGUGGUACCAUCAAGCCACUGGUGAAAUUGUUACAGAUCAAAAAGAAGAAAAAUAAGGUUGUGAGCAUGAGUGAAGAGAUUAAUUACCAUGUGACAGACCAUGUUCUAGCUGGUAUUGAGGAGAUCAUGGGAACUCAUGGUGAUCACUGGUUGAGGGAAAGUGUCAAUAGAUUGGACUUGCAGUACUUAAAGAAGUGGCUUCAGAACAAUCCCCAGAGACAUGAUGAACAAAUCAUGGAAUUGUUCCAGGAAAUAGCUCUAAGGCAGCACUAUGAGAACGUUGCAGGAACAGAGGCAGCCAAGAGAUGGGCAAGCAGCAUCGAUAUUGCCCCAGAAUUUGAAGGGGAUGAACCACCAAAGUCUCCGUCUCCAGAAGCUUUGAAAGAUCUUUUACAUGAAUACAUGCACGUUACAACGGCCAUAUUGCACAGAACAACAGACUUGGAAAAAAGUGAUAGAGAGAAGCUUGCUCAAAGGAUUAGAAGUGGGUCUGGGGGAUCCCUAGAUUUCAAUCACGAACUUCACGUGCCAACUGUACCUCGUCCCUCCCUCCCCUUCUUGGCAGUUAGAAGAUCAUCUGCGGCAGUUUGUGCUACAAUUGCCUCCAAUGCCUCUGAUGACUAUGAGGAUAUAUUGGAAAAUGCCGCCAUGUUGGAACAUCCAGAUCUCCUGCGUAAUGCCCCAGACACUGUGUUUCCAGGUAGUCCUAGACGAAGAUUGUCUACUUCUGCUUCUGCAAAGUUUAUUCCGAAUCCCAAACCAUCAGACUUGCGGAAGAUGUUAGUAAAAGCUCCAUCAAGAGCGCUCCAUGCCAAAGCCAAUAAGAAUCUAGUCAGGGAGGACUCUCAAGACUUGGUCCACCAGCUACAUGAGAAGCAGUUGAGACAGAACCGCUACAGGAGAGCCAUGAGUGUCUCUUUCUCUCCCAGUGGAUCACCACUUCUACCAAGAUCUGUAAAGGGAGCAGCCAGACAAGCAGCUUUCACAGCAAAACUACGCAGGCAGCAUAGUGAGCCAAGUCCUGAAAAAGAGGUCGUGGACGGAGUCCAUGACGAGAGAAAACGUGUCACUUUACCUCCAGAGAGGUCACACCACAUGGAGGCAAUUGAAGAGUCAGAAGAGUCUGAGACAGAGGACACAAAGGGAGAAAAACCUAAGGGAAAUGGGGAAGCCAAGGUCCCAUUUUCAGAGGCAGAACGUGAGGCCGAUGUGCGUGCAGAGAGAGCCAAGACGCGGAGAGUACAAAAAGCGUAUAGCUUAGGAGACACACCCAAAGAUUCAGCGAUGUUUGAUCUGGGCCGGGGGGAAAGCGAGGAAGCACAGGACACUUUUCCUGAAGAAACAGAGAUGGUGGAGCUGCCCAAAAAAGAUGCCAGUGAAACUGAGCCUAUGUUGACUAAGAGUGCCACUGACACCGCCCUCAUCAAAAGAGGCCAAGAAACCAAGGUGGAUAUAGAAGACAGCAGCUCAGAAACUGACAAUGGCAAGACGAAACCAAUGGCUGAGAAAAGGCGAAGGAUGAGGAAACUACAGCGCAAAGGAGCAAUGGACGACCCAAAGGUGUAACUAGUCAUCAUGAAUGGAGACGAUUUCAAGUGGAGUCGUAGAUCAGCAGCAAAAUGUUGGGGAUGAAGUCAAAAUCACAGUAGUGGAUGAAAAAAUUUAACACAAGCCUGUGAAUAUACGUAUAUGUGUAUGUUAAUAAACACGGUUUGGUUUGACGAUAUACAUAUUAUAUAGGAAGGUACAGCUUUAAAUAUCAGGGCAAGUAUGGAUUAAACAAAGAGGUUAUGCAACCAAGUUUGAUAUACAUAUUUUGUAACGUCUACUGAACUUGAUUGGAUUUUAGACUUUAAAAAAUAUUAUUAUUAUUAUUAUUAUUAUUAUAAGAAGUCGAUGUAAAAUGUUUAAGAAACAGGUAAAGAGAAUUAUAAAGUGUUACGAAUUAAAUUAUUUGGUUUAUAGCAUCAAAAUAUUUUGAUGAUGCCAUAGAAUUUCUGAACUUCUCCAAGAAGUAAAAAUGCAUGAAUGAUAUAGUGAAUAUCACAAAAUGAAAAGAUGAUGUCAUAUGUUACAAUGGAAAAAAAUGUUAUUACAUUCGCAAGGGUAAAAGUUUCAUUAGUUCAACUGUGACCGUCUCUGGUACAAACACAAAAAAUGAAAAAAAAAAUGAAAAAAUGAAGUAUAAUACAUUU